AUGGCUAAUGCGAAGCAAUGGAAUAUAGAUGUCGUUAGAAAACUUUUUUACGCGGCAGACACGGAAAAAAUUCUUCAAGUUCUGUUGUUGGAAGAAGUUAAAAGAGACAGAUUGAUUUGGAAGGCAGAGCGGGAUGGUACCUAUAGUGUGAAAACUGGUUACAAACUUUGGUAUCAUGUUGUUAUAAGUCGUGAGGAGGUGGGAGGGUCAGAGGAUUGGGGUAGUAUUUGGAAUAUCAAGGCGCCACCUAGAGUCGAGUACCCGCUUUGGCGAAUUUGUAGGGAUUGCAUUCCUACUCGUGAGAGACUCAGACAACAUGUUGUUAUGUGCCCGUCAAACAUUAAGUCUCUUAUUUUUUAUAUAUGUUCGAAGGAAGGAAAAGAAGUAUCAGGUAGAUUUGCGGUUAUGAUAGAUGUUAUUUGGAAAAACAGGAAUGACUAUAUCUGGCAUAAUGAGCAAGAAGAAGCGACAAAGUUGGGAGUAAAAGCGGCUCACAUAUGGAAUGACUCGUUUCAAGCUCAGGAAGACUCGACAAACAAUGUUCGACCUCAUCAUGCUUUAGAUUGGAGUGCGCCUUCUGUGGGUUGGCUUAAAUGUAACGUGGACGCGACUUUUAAUAGCAAUAACGACAUUAUUAUGGGUUGCAUUCCUGGAUCCCAAGAAUCCAUUAAUCUUGUUGCCUUUUUAGGUUUUUCAAAAGUUUAUAUGUUGAUUUCCAUCUAA